GUGUCAAACUGAACCACUCUCACCUCGAUCUCAAAAACCUCGGCUUGGAUUGAACCGACAGUAGCAGAGAUAGCAAAUAAAAAAAAAAAGCUUUCUUUUCAUCAAUGGAGGCUAAUCUUUGCGCAUCUCUAGGCCUACCAGCACCAGACCCGUAUAAUCAAUUCAACCCUGUAAUCCAAACUGACUUCAAAAAUCUUUUCACUCACUUCCCUUCUCAAAACCCGAUCAAAACCCAUAAGAAACCCAUCAUUAAGUCCCUUCCGUUUGCUUCAAAUUCUAUCUCUUCAACUCCCAAAUCCACACCCAAUUUCUCAAAAUGGCUCAAACCCACUUCAAGAAACAGCCCAAAGGUGCAGUCUUUAAUGAAAAAUCUCUCAGUUUUCGAGAGAGCCCUUAUUGGUGCUGGUGGUGGUGGCAUAGCUGGUGCAUUUACUUAUGUUUGCUUACACCCACUUGAUACUAUCAAAACCAAGUUACAAACAAAGGGUGCUUCUCAGAUCUAUAGCAGCACAAUUGAUGCUAUAGUUAAGACAUUUCAAGAAAGGGGUAUUUUGGGGUUCUACAGUGGUGUAUCUGCUGUUAUUGUUGGUUCUACAGCUUCUUCAGCUGUGUAUUUUGGUACCUGUGAAUUUGGGAAAUCAAUUUUGUCUAAAUUGGACAAGUACCCAUCUGUGCUUAUCCCUCCUACUGCAGGUGCAAUGGGUAAUAUUGUGUCAUCAGCUAUUAUGGUACCAAAAGAAUUGAUUACACAAAGAAUGCAAGCCGGUGCAAAAGGAAGAUCAUGGGAAGUAAUGUUGAAAAUAUUGGAAAAAGAUGGUAUAUUGGGCCUUUAUUCUGGUUAUUUUGCUACUUUGUUAAGAAAUUUACCUGCUGGUGUUUUGAGUUAUUCUUCAUUUGAGUAUUUAAAGGCUGCUGUGAUGAGGAAGACUAAGAAGAGAUAUUUAGAGCCUAUUGAGAGUGUAUGUUGUGGCGCAUUGGCUGGAGCUAUUUCAGCAUCAAUAACUACACCACUUGAUGUAAUUAAGACAAGGUUGAUGACACAGGUGAAUAAGGAAGUGGUGGAUAAAGUAUCAGCUGCAAUGUAUAGUGGGGUUUCUGCUACUGUGAAGCAGAUUAUGAAAGAGGAAGGAUGGGUUGGGUUUACUAGAGGGAUGGGUCCUAGAGUGCUUCAUAGUGCAUGUUUUUCAGCAUUGGGCUACUUUGCAUUUGAGACAGCUAGGCUUACUCUUUUGCAUCAGUAUUUGAAGCAUAAAGAGUUGCGUGAUUUGGAUCUGGCUCCUACUUGAUUGAUGGCUUUCAAUGGAGUAUCAGGUGCCCUUAUUAAUGAUAAUUCUUAUCCUUCUUAUUCUGGCUUUAUUAGAAAUAGUUAUUUCUUUAUCCGCACACAUUUUAGAGAAAAAAAAUUUCUGUUAUUAACUUAUUAUUGGUACGAAAAAUUUACUUAUUGAAUAAUCAUGACACUUUUUUCUUGGUCA